AUGGAAACCGCAGAGCCGCCUUACGACUUUCAUGCUCACCCCGUGGGUGCUUUUGCCCGUCGUCCCAUGGACACGCCCCUAUUCCCAUACUACUCUCAUCCCCAUCCUGCACCUUACUCGCUGCCAUAUCAGGCACCAUCAUCGGCGGCGUACAGUUAUGCUUCGGUAACUCACCCCUCGCCAUACCACUAUCUCGUAGGCCAGCCGCUGAGCUCUCCGCCGCGCGUGGUGCUCGAGCAGCCCUCUCUUCCCGACAUUCGCCCCGCCAAAAAUGCCCUCAGUCAGGUGAAGACCGAGUAUGCGGCGAGAUCGUGCACAGGAGGUCAUGCCUUGUCCACGAAUGCCGCCAACACGAAGCAGGCCACCGAGACCGACUUCUCUACGGGAGUGGAUGUCUUGAUGAAGGCUAUCCAGGCCCGACCAGGCUCAUCGCCAGUUCAACAGUCUUUGCCUCCCCUUCAGCAUCUGACGCCUCCAGGAUGUCCAAGUUAUCUCAUGAGUCCUCCACGCCGCAUGACGAGCAAUGAAGGACAGCUGUCUCGCUCUGGCAAGAAGCGCAAGUAUACAUGCCAUGUACAGGAUUGCGGCAAGAGCUUUGCUCAAAAGACCCAUUUGGACAUUCAUACACGAGCCCAUACAGGAGACAAGCCCUUUAUCUGCAAGGAGCCCGAAUGUGGACAGCGCUUCUCGCAGCUAGGCAACCUGAAGCGUUUCGCUCAACGCGGCAAUGUUCGUGCCCACCAGAACACCCACAUGGACAAGAAGCCCUUCAUCUGCCGCCUGGACGAUUGUGGCAAGAAGUUCACCCAGCUAGGGAAUCUCAAGGUAGGGGGAUCCCCCAUCGCCUGGCACUCUGAUCCUAAAGUAUUGACCCAUCUCGUUCUCAUUCAGUCACACCAGAACAAAUUCCAUGCAAGAACUCUCGGAAUGUUAACGCAACGCUUCUCUCAAGAGACCGGACCAGCCAACUUUCAAGAACAAGAACUGUGGGAAUACUUCGCCAAUCUUUACAAGAAUAGCAACAAGGGCAUCAAGGGACGUGGCAAGGACCGGCGUAUCGCUGCUACAAAACGCUCGGCCUCAGUAGGCGACCAUGUGCAGCGGAUGGCUUCCCCUAGAAUCAGAGGAGGACAUGCACUCGCGUCGAGGCAGCUACGAGGACAGUGUCUCGAUGUACACGGGCGGAUCCAGCAGUGA